GUGCUGCAGUCCGCUCCCUGCCGUAGUUGAGUAAACUACAUGGACAUUAGCGGGCGCAGCGGCGCAACCACGGAGCCAGAGUGGAUUAAAACAGCGUGCGUGCGCGAAGAGCCGCUCGAUAAACGCCCGUGUGACCAAGUGAGAAACCCCGGCGUGUAAUCGCAAGUCCGUUCCAGCAGUUUGCGGCUGCGGAAACACCAAAGGGAGACGGGCUCCUGGUAAACUCGCUACUAGUGCCGUGCAUUGUGCGUCAAGCAGGGAGAGCUCGGCGGGAAUGGCUUCAUCUCCGUGUGGCAACAGUAACUUUGAUUCCGGUCUGGAAAUCAAAACUCGCUCGGUGGAGCAGACGCUUAUCCCCCUAGUUUCGCAGAUCACCACUCUGAUCAACCACAAAGACAAGCCGAAGAAGUCCGAGCGGACCCUGGCAGCCAUACACAGGGUGGGUCAGGCAGUGAGUGUGGCAGUGGGGCGCUUCGUCGCCGUCGGAGAGGCCAUCGCCGCCGAGAACCAGGAGCUGAAAGAUGAGAUGGGCCAAGCCUGCUUCGAGGCACGCAGAGCAGGCGAUGCCAUAGCCCAGCUGACAGAUGUGGGAUCGGCCGCGCCGCCGCCAUCGGACGGACGCGUCACGGUGUUCAGCGACAGGACGGGGAUGGUGAAGGCUGCUCGCCUGCUCCUCUCCGCCGUCACCAAAGUCCUGGUCCUGGCCGACCGCAUCGUCAUCAAGCAGAUAAUCACGUCACGCAACAAGGUUCUGGUUACCCUGGACCAUCUUGAAAGAGUCAGCACAUUCCAGGAAUUUGUGCAGAUUUUCAGCCAGUUUGGCAACGAGAUGGUGGAGUUUGCUCACCUCACAGGAGACAGACAGAACGACCUGAAGGACGAGAAGAAAAAAGCUCGCAUGGCAGCAGCCAGGGCAGUGCUGGAGAAAUGCACCAUGAUGCUCCUCACCGCCUCCAAGACUUGUCUGAGGCACCCAGAUUGCGAGUCAGCCCGGAUCAACAAAGACGCCGUGUUCCACCGAAUGCGCUGUGCCCUGGAGCAGGUCAUCGAGAUAGUCACUGAGGCGCGGAGCUGUGGGGAGAACAAGAUCCUUCCUGCUAGCAUCUACAAUGGUAUCAAGGAUUUCAAGUCCAGUGUGGAGUGCCUUCGGGACAACCUGUACUCCUUGUCGCCGCAGAGCGUCUCCAGCCAGCUGGAGGCCCUGGUCGAGCGGACGGAGGACUUCACCGACUCGGCCUACACCAGCCACGAGCAGCGCCAGGCCAUCCUAAGUCUGUGCCAGCUGGCGCGCCAGGACACUCAGCAGCUGGUGCACGCCUGGGUUGAGGCGCAGUCUAUCCACGCCAAAGAGGUCCCCGAGGACAUGGAGGUGGCCAUCCUGAAGACGUGCCAGAGCAUCGGUGACCUCAGACGUGAGCUCCACAAGGCGGCGGUGGGCCGCGCCUCCGACUUGCUGAAAGUUCACGGGGAGCAGCUGCCUCUGCGGGCUCUGAAAGCCGCAGGUGCCGAGGGAAACCUGGAGGCAGUGGCGGAGUAUUCGCGCACGCUCACUGAGCAGAAGGAGCAGCUGGUGGAGACGUGUCGACUGUUGUGCCACGUGUCGGGCUCGGAGCCGUUGGAGAUCACCUGUGUACACGCAGAGGAGACCUUCCACGUCAUUGGUCCACAGAUCAUCUCAGCAGCCCAGACGCUGGCCCUCCACCCGUCCAGUAAGAUUGCUAAGGAGAACCUGGAGGUGUUCUGCGAGGCCUGGGAGUCGCAGCUCUGUGACAUGGCUCUGCUUCUGAGAGAGAUCAACGACGUCUUUGAAGGCAGGCGAGGAGACAAAAGACCUUAUUUGUCACUUCCUAGACCUGGGAAACACUCGGCUAACUUGAAGACCGCCAAGGCUGUCAAGCUGGAUGCAGAGGAGCAGACGAGCAUGGCCAAGCUGGGCCUGGAGCUUCGCCUCCUGUCGUCGGACGUGGACGCGGAGGUGGAAAAGUGGGAGGAGCAGGAACACGACAUCGUCCGCCAGAGCCAGAGCCUCGCCAGUAUGGCCUACAACAUGUACCUGUUCACCAGAGGGGAGGGACUGUUGAAAACAACACUAGAUCUUUUUCAUCAAGCCGAGGUUCUUUCUGAAGAGGGGCUGCAGCUGUGCUCAUCUCUCCGCACCUUUUCCACUCAGCUGGUUGAUGAGGAAAAGUCAGUGGUGAUGACAGAAAUGGAGAAACUGGUGGCGUUUUGCCAACAGCUGCAGAUGGGGGCUAAGACUCCUGUACAGGGCAAGACUGCCACCUUCCAGAAGGUGGACUCGUCCAUUCAGACGACAAGAAGCAUCUUGACCGUGGUCCUCUCCCUCCUCCCGUUCUGCAACAAACUCAACAGAAAGUAUAAGUCGGAAAGGAAUAGCCUUGGCUCCCCACAAGACUGGAAGGAAAGGCAAGAUGUAUCCACACCUGUUAAAGAGGAGGGGGCUCUCAAUAGCAAAAACAGCAACGGCUUUGGUGUCAAAUCCUUGGAGCAGCACAUGGCCGGUCUCAACCUCCUGGAGAGCAAAUAAUCCAGGGGGCAGUCUCCUCCUUUUCCCACCAUUACUCUCGUUGGAGCAGCACAUAGCCAAUCUCAACUCUGGAGAAUGUGUAAUCCAGGAAAUACUCCCCCUCAUCCACAUGGACCCUCCACAGAUUGGACCAGAGCUGUGGGGUGAAGAUGGUUGCCUUGGGUUAGAAUGAGUUCGCUGUCUGGAUGAUGAAGGUUUGACGAGGAAGAAGCGGAUCCAGGCUCUCUGUGCUGGAUUGACUCCAAUUUAGCUGAAGCACCAGUUCCACCCCAGUCCACAAGAUGGAGACAAUCAGCGAGUCUCCGAAGAAAGUGAGGCCUGGCACACAAAGCUGAUUUUGCAAUCACUUUUAUCACUACUCUGGCUAAAUUGACGAACGGAUCAGAAAUUGGGAGAUCUCUCCACUUGGUGAUCAGCCAUACAUCUGUCUUCACUACGUGCCUCUGUGAAACCAGCCUUUUUGUUUUGUGGUGUACUGUGAGUGUGUUGCUCAAGUGAAAUGAAAACCCACCGUGCAUGAUGCCAACGUCACCAAACCCCCUGUGUUUGAGUCUACUGUGAUCCCAGGCUUGUAAUGUUUUUCUGUAAUGGUAGCCAUAAUGGUGUACGCCACCCUUGAUCACUGGCAUUGUAAUCAGCAUCUCACUUUAUGUAGAGUAGUGUGUCCACAAGUUCACCACACCAUAUUAUUAAUGUCUGUUUGCCAUAGAACAAGUGGGAAAAAACAAACAAAAUCACUGUUUGAUGCCAAAUAUGAUUGUCUUAGCGAAAUAUAAUAAUAUAAAACGCUCCGGUGUUCAUCCCUGGAGACAUUUUAUUCCAGCCUGAUUUCAGUUAAUAAAGCUCGUUGCUAAGAUCCUUUUAAGAAGUCAGGACCUCACUUUUAAGUGUCCUGUGUAUUAUCAGAUCGUGUUCUGUGUAUACGCUGAUAUUUUUCUCUCUCAAAGAAAUUUAAGAUAAUUCUGAACUGCACCUGUGUCGAAUGGAGCCUUGAAGUGUACUUGUGAUGAAGACUAUCAUUGUGAAGCUGCCAAGUAGGCCAGUAUGUAUUAAAUAGAAUAUAUAAUAUGGUACUUGAAGCGUAUACAUAUAUAUAUAUAUGUGUGUGUGUAUGUAUCCCAAGGUAAUGACUUUGGUACAAGGAGAGGGCGUAAUAAUGACUGAAAUGUAUAGCGUACAUUAAGCUUUAGAGAAUCUUUGUACGGUGUGAGAGCAGCUGAGAAUGCUGGGUAUUGUAGUGGCACUACAGAUGUGAAGAAAUAAUAGAUCUAGUUUUGGACCAUCUAUUCUUUUGACAAUUGAAAGAGUAAUAAAAGUGACACAAAAAAAUAAACGAUAUUUUUUCUUAAA